AUAGGCGUAAUCCUGCAGAUGAGAGACACCUGUGCACGUGUUCCUGUUCCCAAAACUCCAUCCAUUCAUAGCAAAUCGCGCGAUAGUUUGACUUCCUCGCAAAUCAACUUUGUAUAUUUCAAGCGGAUCAACUAACGAUUAAAAGACCCAAGGUGAGGAUCGAGCACGCGGAAUAUCUUGACGUUAAUAUAAGGGUGUCUGUUUUACUGUUGCAGAAACAUUUGCAGCAUGAGCUCCAGACCACAGGCAGAAGCUGUCUGCAUCCAGGAAAGCAAGAGCAAAGUAGAACACAAUGACUCCCCUUCUGCACUCUUCUACCUUUUCCAGGAAGUAUCCAAGCUGCACGCCCACAGCACUUUGUUGGACUCAAAUCCGCCACCUGAACGACUCAAGGAGACAUCGAAGAAGAAUCCCGUAUUUAUUAAAAAGACAGAAGAUGGACGCUCCAUCCAAGUGUCUGUUAGCUCCUGCCAGCUCAGCAUGUCUGAUGUAACGCCGUAUCACAACCUGAAAAACAUGAGGGAAGAAAGUCCCAGAAGCGAUCUAGAAGAGACCCGCCGUGGAUGCAGUAGUCCUCUGAAAGCGUUGAGCCUGAUCAACCUGCACUGUGAAAGACUCCUUCAGGGAGGCGUGGAGGUUUCCGUCUCUGGUUCUGCCAGCUGCAGUAACUCUGCAGCCUCAUUGGCAGCCGGUCAGUGCCAGUACGCACCAUCUCCUGUUCUCUCAGAGAAACAGGAGAGGGCAGUCUCUGCACACCCUGAGCAGGACCGCUCAGACGUGCAGCUGCAGAAGGCAGAAAAAGCGGAUGCUGCUGGGGUGAAGUUGAAGGAAGAUGAUUCAGUGAUUUAUUUUCAGCCUCGGUGUAGAGAAGAAGUCAAGUUCAGUGUAAAUGGAGAGCUAGAACGAAGCCACGGAUCUUCUGUAGGUGUAAGAAGGAUUUUAGAUUUACAGCACCCUGGCAAUGCUGACACUACCAAUAGAUCUCUUGAUGAUCAGCUGAUCUUUAAUCCAGGUGAAAAGGCAAUAACUUUAGAUCAGAAUGCAAACAUUAGAUUGUCCUCUGUUAUCACUCAUCUCCCUCCUCCUAACCCCAUCCUGCCCUCCUCACAACUGUCAGUGAGUUUUGACAGCCCUUCAAAGCAAGACCACACCGUCUCUGCACAUGAAUCAGAUUCUAACACUGGAGAAACACACAGAUCUGCCCACUUCAAGUCCCUCAGCUGUGAUGCAUCACCUCCAACGUCAGAAGUUUUCAAAGGGCAAAGGGAGGAAAUCGGCCUGCCUUCUAAUCCGUGGAGAACCAAAACCAGAAGAAAACAGCUCCAUCCCUCCCGCAGCGCUGAUCUGCAAGACCCAAACUUCCAGGGAGUGAUGUUCAGGAUGGACACGGAGCUGGACGACACGAGGGAGCAGUGCCGCCUCCUCAUAACCUCCAAGUACAGCAAGGAGCUCCGCAGGAGUGUGAAAAAACCAAAACCAAGGUCACGGAUGUCGCAGAAGUCGUUAAAAACUAGCAGCUCAGAUGAGGAGAAUGACCUUACUGCCGACAUUUCUAAGGGUAAAGUCUGUGCAUCGUGCUGCACCAGGAAGACCCCCAUGUGGAGAGAUGCAGAGGAUGGGACUCCGCUCUGCAAUGCUUGUGGAAUCAGGUAUAAGAAGUACAGAGUGCGCUGUCUGAACUGCUGGCACAUCCCUCGAAAAGAGGGCAACUCCAACUCCCGCUGCCUCAAGUGUGGAAACUUUGUGAGGCUGACCAAAGCUCAGCGGAAACACACGAUCUAGAGAUUCUAAAAAAUACAUGGUUGUUUAUUUGUGUUUGUCUGAAAUUCACUUGUUAAAAUGGUGUUUCUAAAUAAUAUUGUUUUUGCUUGAAGCUCUAUUGUUGUCUUUGUCUUCAUAAAGUGUGUAAAUGUUUCCUCUUGAUGUCAAAUUUGUAUUAGAAAUAGUUGGGACAAAAGCUUUGACAUCACAAGAGCUUUAGG